AUGAGUAUAAGGAAAGGCGGUGAUGGCAUUGGCACGCGCAAAAACAUCCCCAAUCCAAGGCCUAAUCGUACCAAAGACAAGGAUGAAGAUCUUCUGUUGUUCAGGGAACUGCAUAAGCGCGAAAAGGAUCAUGUUGUUAGCCUCCUUGCGCCUGUUUCCGACGAUUUUGAGGCAAAUGGAUAUGCACUCAACGGAAUGGCACCAACUGGGAAGAAGGGAGCAGCAUAUGAUCCACUUGGUGAAGGUGGGAAGAAUGACUAUGACUGGUUGAAAACUCCUCCAGCUACGCCUCUAUUUCCAUCUCUUGAGAUGGAAAACGGCCCGGAACUGGUCACUCAACGGGAAAUACCAAUCGUACAACCGCUUUCAAGGUUUGCAGGCAACUUAGCUGUGGAAAAUGGAAGCAUUAGACCAACCAAAUCUACUGGUUUGAAACCAAUUCUUCCGCCAAGAUAUUCUGCUUCAAGUGGGAGGCCUAGUAUUUCGACACCUGAAAAAAAGAACAUAAAAAGUGCACCAGUGGUGAACCAAAAAACGAACCAAUCCUACUCUGAUCUAAAUCUUGGAACUACCAAAAAAGCUUCUUCCUCAGUGAAACCUGUCGACAAUAGGGAACCCAAUUGGAAUUUAUUGGCUUCAAAUCUUUCAAAAAGCAUGGGCAUAGGCAUGGAUUCAAGUACCAAAGCAACCAAACAAAAGAGUAGGGGAGUGUCACCUGUCAUGAGGUCAAAACUGCCUGCUCAAAUUCAAGAAUUGUCUGACGAAACUCCUUCCAAUCUAAGGACUGAUGGAUCAACUUCAGCUUAUCGUGGACGUGCAACUGCCAGCCAGCAAAAUCCUUCAGUUUCCCAGAAAAGACCUGAAUCAGUGACUAAAACAAGGAGACAAUCAUGCACUCCAGGUACCACGAGGGGCAGCAAGCAGGACGGUGAUGGAAAUUUAGGUUUUGAAAAGGAUAGAACUCAACAAGCAAAUAGAGAACAAGUUUUAGGCAGUCGGAUGUUAGACAGGUUCUUAAAUUCCAGGAUGUCUAGCAAGGAUGACAGAAAGCCUAAGAUCAAGCUAAACGCUUCAAUGAAUGAAGGCUCUGAUGCAAGGAAGUCGAACAUUGAAGAAAGACGAAACACCACAAAAUUUAACACUUCCAUGAAUGAAGACCCUGGUUUUGGAAGAUUGAUGUCCAAGAGUUCCCUGGAUAUGGCUCUCAGGCAUAUGGAGUUUCAAAGAGAUUCAGGAAGUAAAACCAAGAAUGGCAUAAUUGCCGGAAGAAGAUCCGUAUCUGUGAGCAAAAGGACAACAAGUGGUUUGUAA